AUGGUCCUUGUGCGUAGUGAGAAUGGGCAGUUGCUGAUGAUCCCUCAACAGGCCUUGGCGCAGAUGCAAGCACAGGCACAUGCCCAGUCUCAGCCUCAAAAUACUAUGACUCCUCGUCCUGCUACACCUACCAGUGCUCCUCCAGUGCAGAUAUCAACAGUGCAGGCUCCAGGAACGCCUAUUAUUGCACGACAGGUGACACCAACUACUAUUAUCAAGCAAGUGUCUCAGGCUCAAACGACAGUGCAACCCACAACAACGCUACAGCGUCCUCCUGUUGUGCAACCUCAGAUUGUUCUGGGUGGUACUGCACAAACAACUACGUUGGGGACAGCAACAGCUGUACAAACUGGAACUCCUCAGAGAACAGUGCAAGGAACGACGGCAACCUCCACUGCGGCCACAGAAACAAUGGAAAAUGUGAAGAAAUGCAAAAACUUUCUGUCCACAUUAAUAAAACUGGCAUCAUCUGGAAAACAGUCUUCAGAGACUGCAGCUAACGUGAAAGAAUUGGUACAGAACCUCCUGGAUGGAAAAAUUGAAGCAGAAGACUUUACCAGUAGGCUGUACAGAGAACUUAAUUCUUCACCUCAACCUUACCUUGUGCCUUUCCUGAAGAGGAGUUUACCUGCCUUGAGACAGCUAACACCAGACUCUGCAGCUUUCAUUCAACAAAGUCAACAGCAGCAGCCAACAACGCAAGCAACGAUAGCAACGAUUCCAUCCGCCGCGGUGCUCCUAAGCUCCUCAGUUCAGCGCACGGCAGGGAAGGCGACUGCAACUGUAACGAGUACUCUCCAACAACCUGUAAUCAGCCUAACUCAGCCCACACAAGUUGGUGUUAACAAACAGGGGCAGUCUACGCCACUGGUUAUCCAACAGUCUCAAAAAGCAGGGGCAUUGAUAAGGCCUCCGCAGGUAACGUUGACACAGACACCAAUGGUAGCGUUGCGGCAACCGCAUAGUCGUAUCAUGCUCACUACUCCUCAGAUUCAACUGAAUCAGCUUCAGACAGUACCUGUGGUAAAACCAGCAGUAUUACCUGGAAACAAAGCUAUUGCCACUGUUUCGACACAAGUAGCUGCUGCUCAGAAGAAUAAACUGAAAGAACCCGGGGGAGGCUCUUUUAGGGAUGACGACGACAUUAAUGAUGUUGCAUCAAUGGCUGGAGUCAACCUGUCAGAAGAAAGUGCUCGGAUAUUGGCAACAAACUCUGAGCUAGUGGGCACGUUAACGAGGUCCUGUAAAGAUGAAACCUUCCUUUUCCCAGCACCUUUACAAAGAAGGAUAUUAGAAAUAGGUAAAAAACACGGAAUAACAGAAAUCCAUCCUGAUGUAGUUAGCUACGUAUCACAUGCUACACAACAAAGACUACAAAACCUCGUGGAAAAAUUAUCGGAGACUGCUCAACAGAAGAAUAUUUCUUACAAGGAUGAUGAAAGAUACGAACAAGCAAGUGACGUUCGGGCACAGCUCAAGUUCUUUGAACAACUUGAUCAAAUAGAAAAGCAGCGUAAAGAUGAACAAGAAAGGGAAAUUUUAAUGCGUGCAGCAAAGUCUCGAUCUCGACAAGAAGAUCCUGAACAGCUUAGGUUGAAACAGAAGGCCAAGGAGAUGCAGCAACAAGAGCUAGCACAGAUGAGACAGAGGGAUGCCAACUUGACUGCAUUAGCUGCGAUCGGUCCCAGGAAGAAAAGGAAAGUAGAUUCGCCGGGAUCUGGAUCAGGGACAGAGAAAUUCCCAAAGCGCAACAGGCAACUGCUCGAAAGAUUCCCGGCUUUAAAAUUUGAGGGGAAAGCUGGCUUUUCGGUGUUCGCCUGCCACCUGCUGGUGGCGGUGCCUUAG